AUGUCCUCUCGCGCCAUCCGCAAGCUGCAGAAGCAGCGUGAACAACAACUACAAGCUGAGCAGGAAAAUGACGGAUCGAGCGAAGAUGAGUUGGUGGUCUCGCGUUCUAUAAAACCAAAGCUAAACGCCUUUGAUCUCCUGAAUUCCUUUGGCGACGAGGAAGAGGACGACGAACCAUCCGAGAAAGAAGAUGAGGUGGCCGAGGCGGUUGCUCAGCCCACGCAUGGAGAGCAAACACCUAGAACUGUGAAGUCUACGGGUCAAGGGAAGAAGAAUAAAAAGAAGAACAAGAACAAGAGGAGGAAGGCCACCGCCGCCGCCAAACCAGGAAAGCAUACCGGGGCAAAGACAGACGAGGAUGAGAUCGAUCGUGCGCUACAGGCACUCACUGUUGACCCGAAACACGCCACAAUGGCAGGCCGUAAUGCUUCGUUUGCGAAGACGCCGGAACAACUACUUGGUAUUGACCCUAGGAACCUCAAUGCGACGAACGAAAUGCGCAAGUUAUUCGGAAACGUGGUGCUGGAGAAUUUUGAUCAGGAUACUGGGUCCGGUGGGCGACGGAGGGACCGCGGGCCGGAGACCCUUGAUCUGGGACAGGCCCUGGCGGGAAGAUAUAGCCCGGCGAGCAGGGGACAAAGCCUGGCUGGUGUGACUCUGCGGCGGAAUGUCCUCAUGCAAGGCAAGGAUGAAUGGCCGCGGGCGCCCAGCGGAGGUCUGGGUAUGGAGCUGGUGGAGAAACGUGCGGAUGGCAAUACGGUUUACAAAAUUCUUCACAACGCUGCAUACACGGAUGUGCAAAGGCAAUUUGAGAUCUGCGUGGAGUCCAUGGACCCUCAGCGCAUGAUCCAUCUUCUGCAGUACAACCCUUACCACAUUUCGACAUUGCUCCAGGUUUCGGAGAUCGCUAAGCACCAGGGUGAUCAUGCUGUCUCCGCUGAUCUGCUUGAGCGAGCGCUCUUCAACAUUGGGCGCUCGGCUCAUUCUUCGUUUGGUAACCUUUUGAAGCAAGGCCAGGCCAAGUUGGAUUUCGUGCAAGAGGCGAACCGUGAGCUCUGGCUUGUUGGGUGGCGGUACAUUGCCAAUCUGGGCAUGAAGGGAACCUGGCGGACGGCGUAUGAAUGGGCGAAGUUGCUUCUGGGACUUAACGAGAGUGAUCCAUACUGCAUACGCCUGUUGAUCGACCACUUGGCCCUUCGUGGCCGCGAGUACUCUCACUUUGUCGAGCUAUGCACACAAACCCGACUGAGCAAGGAUUGGGAGGCUCUGCCCAACAUCCAAUGCUCGCUCGCACUGGCAUACCUACGACUGAACAAACCCAAGGAGUGCCGCGAACAGCUUCACCGAGCCAUGUCCCGCUAUCCAUGGGUUUUCUGCAGGAUUUCUCAGGAACUAGAUAUCCAGCCUAUGCCCAAAAGCAUUUGGGGCAAGAUGCCUCCUACCACUUCUCACGAACUGCUCACGGAACUUUACCUCUCUCGGGCCAAGGACCUCUGGAAUACCCCAGAAGCUGUCUCCUUGAUUGUGGAAGUGGCUGACACGCUCUCGGAUGAGGAGGAGCCGGUUGAACCGCCCGAGAUCACACUUGACAUUGCCCGCCACGUCGUUCUUUCUGAUAUCCCCAAGGUCACAACUUUCCUUCCAGGACGUUUCAUCGCUGGCAGAAUCUCGGCCUCUGACCCUCUUCCUCCGCACGAGUCAGAGGCCCAUCGCCAACAGUCCGACCCUACUCCGUCUUACCUGGCCCAGACCCCGGCUGCGGGUCGACCUCAGUGGCUACGGGAUCUGUUAGAUCAGCUCAAUAACGGCGGGGUUCAAUUCCCUGGCUUUAACCGUGACGGCGACGAUGGCGACGAGGAGGCCCUCGGUGUUGAGGAUACAUCGAGCCGCGGAGACGAUCCAAAUGAUGCACAGGCACAUCCGAGUGCGGAUCAGCAACCGCUUUUGCAGCAAUGGCUGCUGAGCGAUGGCAUGCAUGCGCUUCAAGCUUUCCUUCAGCAGUACGGGGUGGACCGAGGAAACUGGGGGGAGGUUGUUGACUAUUCUCCCUUGACAGAGUAUGUAGAUGCGCUGGACUCGGUGCAGCCAGAGUCGACACGAGAAAUGUUGUUGGCAGGCCCCAUUCGUGAAGCUAUGGGCGAGCUGGCGGUUGUCAUGCUGGAGGAUGAAUUGCAGCUACUCCAGUAUGAUGAGGAGGAGGAGGAUAUUUGA